UCCGAGAUGCUGCGCGCGCGUCUCUCAGUGCGAUUCAUUCCCUGCGCGCGGACGGACGCCUCUAGCUUGUCUCCAUCAUUUGCGAAGCUCGUACGAUUAUUUUCAUCGUCACUGUUAUUAUUAUUGUUAAAAAAGAGUUAAAGAGCAGAAACCUGCCGCACUGCGGGCUCCACACCGAGAGAAACAACUGAAAUAUAUCCUGCGACACACGCACCGGAGGGGGCCCGCGUUCGCCUACUUCCUGUCUUACUGUCGAAAAAAUGAAAACCAAAUUCAUCAACGGGGUUUCUUCUUCCCCCUCCAUGUCGCUGGGCCUGCUGGUGACCGAGAACGCCCUGCAGGUCCAGCCAGACACCCAGGAGGACUGUGACGAGCUGGUCCGCUCCGACCAGCCCGACCCAGACACCCGGAGGAGGGCUUAUCUGUGGUGCAGGGAGUUCCUGCACGGAGCCUGGAAGAGCCUGGCCGAGGACCUGUUCCAGAUCACCAUCAUCAGGGGUGGUCUGAGCAACAAGCUCUUUCUGUGCAGCCUCCCCGACAGCCUGAACUGUGUUGGGGACGAGCCGAGGAACGUCCUGCUGCGCCUCUAUGGGGCCAUCCUGCAGAUGUCCUGUAAUAAAGGGGAUUCUCGAGAGUCAAACAAAGAAAAUCACUUCCAAGGCGCCGAGGCCAUGGUGCUGGAGAGCGUGAUGUUCGCCAUCUUGGCUGAGCGAGAGCUCGGACCCAAACUCUACGGUAUUUUCCCUCAGGGCCGCCUGGAGCAGUACAUCCCCAGCCGUAAACUGGACACCUGUGAGCUGAGCGACUCCAGCAUCUCGGCCGAGGUUGCGCAGAAGAUGGCCAGGUUUCACGGGAUGAGGAUGCCCUUCAACAAGCAACCAAAGUGGCUGUUUGGAACCAUGGACAAGUACCUGAGCCAAGUGAUGAGGCUGAGCUUCACCAGAGAGGCGCACCUGCGUCGCUUCAACCGCCUGCUCAGCUAUAACCUCCCACAGGAGAUGGAAAUGCUCAGGUCUCUGCUCGAGUCCACUCAUUCUCCCGUGGUCUUCUGCCACAACGACUGUCAGGAAGGAAACAUCCUGCUGCUGAAAGGCCGCCAGAGCUCAGACAAACAGAAGCUGAUGCUCAUUGACUUUGAAUACAGCAGCUACAACUACAGGGGAUUCGACAUCGGUAACCACUUCUGUGAAUGGAUGUACGACUACAACUGCGAUGAGUUUCCUUUCUUUAAAGUCAGCGCUCAGAACUACCCUUCAAAGGCCCAGCAGCUCCACUUCAUUGAGAGCUACCUGCGCGAGUCCGAUCGAGGGUUCGACGGCUUGAGCGCAGAGGACCAAAUGAAGCUGAAAGAAGAGCUGUACGUGGAGGUGAACAGGUUCUCGCUGGCAUCUCACUUCUUUUGGGGCUUGUGGUCCAUCAUCCAGGCCCGGCUGUCCACCAUCAAAUUUGGAUAUCUGGAGUACGCACAGGCCAGGUUUGACGCCUACUUCCAGCAGAAGAAGACCUGGGCUGUGUAAAGGAGGCGAGACGAUUCAGUAUUCUGACAGCACGUUCAGCCAAAACGUCAAGGACCCACGGGCUGAUAAAGUUUCUACGCUUUACUUACACUCCCUGCCUUGCUGGUAUUUGCUGGCUGCUGUUGGUGUUGUGUUGACCAAAGCCAAACCUUGAUCACGUGGCUAGCAGGUGCUUCGAAUAUGCCCCACAAUCAUUGCAGCUCAAAGUUUACACGGCGUAACUGAAGGCCAAAACCCCCCAAAACAAAACAGAGGAAACACAUGGACUCGCACUAACCUUCAUCGCUGGUCAGAAGUUUGUUUCGGCCCAGUUUGAACCAUAUCACUAACAUGAACGUUCUGAGAGCGUGGCUAGCUCAGAAGUGUUAGCAUUGCAUCAGUGUGUAUGUACAGUAUGUGUCUGCUGUGUGGGAAAGAAUCAGAACCUCAGCUUUUCUGCCAGAGCUCCCAGUAGCCUGGUUCUGUCUGCUACUGGUGGGCUGAUGGAUUAACAGGUUCCACUUUCUUCCCACUUGAUGUUUGUUUCAUUUUCUUUUUUGUGUGUUUGACAUUAUCUUCAGGCCAGGGCAAACACAGUUAUUUUGAAUUUCUAAACAUGUGAAUAUUUUUCUGGGGUAGCCUCAACAAGUCGACACGAAAGCUAUCGAACGUCAGGUAUCUUCCUUACAACAGGACACGUUGUAGCUGACUUACUUAUAGUCCUGUGAUUUCACUUAACUGUUUAAGGGACAAAGGUGUGGUGGUUUCAUGUUAUCAUUAUUAUUAUGGCUCACUGUGACAGCUGCACACGUUACGUCGUGUUGUCUGAUUUAGCCUGGCUGCUAAACCGUCUGUUGGGAACCAGAUGUUGUUGCCGCAUUGAAGAAAGCUUCACACUGAACACACGACAAUGGCUCCUUAUUGUGGUGAUGGAUUCGUUGGUGACGUCUCUGGUGUUUUGGCCCAAGUGCCUGCUGCCAUGCUGGCUCGUCAUUGUAGCCGUAAUCCAGAGUAAUGAUGCUGACGGUUGCUGCAAAGUCAAACUUGGCAUGAUUACUUCUUGUAACUGGACUGCUGUUGAAGGGGCAUUUAGUUAAGACCAAGAGCGCUCUGUUUCCAAGAGCUGAGUCACUGAUGUGAGUCACGUCCAAGCGCACAUUAUGGCCACUGCUUGAGUGAGGGUAGAAAUGCAGCAGACAAACACUGUCCUGUGUACGUCAAGCUUCCCUCUGAGGUGCUACUUUUAGGCGGUGAUAUAGAGACGUGGCACAAAGAGAUCAUGCAGACAUCCUGAGACCAGCCAAGUUCUACCUCACCCUGAUUAGUUGUAAUUGCAUCAUUGCAGUAUUUUGCUAUUGUAUACCAAUCAGUGGUGGGGCUUCAUUUUUCAUGCCUUUAAAUGACAUUGUGAAAAAUGAUCUUCCUGUUAUUUCUGUACCUCUUCAUACUGUAAUUGGGCAUAGCAGUGCCUGCUAGACUGACAAUGACAACAAAGCUUUCCAUUAAAAAAAAUCAAUAUACACUAUUAAUGUAACACAAGGACUCCUGCUGACAUCGCUUUCGACCUUGUUACCAAGUCUUAGUAUAUCGACUUUAUUAACCUUUUAACCUCCAUCAGGUCGUUGGCCACCCGUCUAGGCUUAGGCGUCAGCGUUGGGUUUAAUCAAAGCCCACCCCGCUGUAGACUUUGACCUUUUUGUAGAAAGACAAUCCUUCUAACAGGUUUAUAGCUUUCAAUCCUAAAAUGUAUGAGACCUGAUCUAAAUCUAGUUUCUGAAAAUGUAAAGGAGGUGUCAUCGGCGGUGGUGGUGACUCCAGCCCUCCGUAUGAAUCCUCACUCUUGUUUUGGAGAAAAGCAAUAGGAAAAAAAUGGAAAUAGUUUUUAAUGCAUGUCAGUUAAAACGAUUAUUCUCGCUUCCCUGAAUCCCAACUCUUUGGACAACAGUUUAAAGUUUAAACACAAGCGAGGUUUCAGAUCAUCACUGAGGAUUAGUUGUGCCCAAAACAAAAGCUAACCCUAGACUGGUCGAAAGGGACUUGGUGGUUGGGGUCGAUGGCUGUCCUUUAUGACCUUGUUAACUAGACUAUAAGCAGCAUCAGUAAGUGUGUGAUUGUCCAUGAUUGUAAAAUCUCUGUUCGGAUGUGGGCGUUUACCAAAAGCCAGUCCAAAAUGUGACCCAAGGAUUCUUCUGUUAGAUCCUACUUUGACCCCAGAUUUGAAAAAUGUGAUCGUGCUGCUACAAAUAAAGUCGUACAGCUACCACAAAGGCGCUGUGGAAGCAGCCAAACUGAAAAUGUGACCCUGGCGAAUGCUGCGUUUCCCAGUGGAGGGAACCUGUUGAUGGGGAAGCUGAACUUUUCUCUACACUAAACAUUUGACGGCAGAAGCAUGCAGAGGUGUUUGAAUGUCUACUGUGGCACUUUUGAGGACAGUUUUAGGAGGUGACGAACUGUGACUUUAUUUUACAUGCAGGUGUACUUUUGUACAGUUACUAUAUUUUCUUUUUUUUUAGGUGUAGUGAAAUUUUGAUACAAUGAGACUUAAGGUCUGCGAGCAGUGGAUUAUACUCGAUAAAUAUUCAAAUUCAGAGCGUUACAGUACUUGUUUUUCUGUUUUCUCCAUCAUUUCUUGUACUCCGUCUUUACUUGAAGUUGUCUUUAAUUUGUUGAAAUUUGCCCUGACCUUUCAUUGCUCUACAUGCUGUCUCUCAGUAUUGUGAUGUUUUGUGUGUUCUUACAUUCCAUAUUGAAAAAACCAACAUCACAACGUACAAGUAUUUAACAUUCUGUACUCGUUACUUUAGGUUUUAUGCACAUUUUGGACCAAAGGAACUAAAAUGAGUCUUUAAUUGGUUCUUCUAAUCCAACUGUAAUUAAACCCUUGCAGGGGAACAAAAACCUUCACUCCUGUUUCUUUUUGGCACUAUUCACUAAACUAUAUAGAAAACAUUACUUAACUAUAACUAAUGAAAACCUUUUACAUUACUGUUGUUACUGUGAAUGUACUUUGUGUUGAUUCAAUCCACCUUUUUUAUACAACGAUGUUGUUUUGUGUGAAGAGCAGCCCCACCUACGCUGUCACGUGGCUCGUAGCGAUAACCUUUGCUAUCUAUGCAGCUAUACUGAAUGCUUACGUACAGAUAACAGCAUACUUAAAGGUUUCAGGUGAACUGCAGCGACACAGAAAUGACUUUGGCUGUAAAUUUACUGCUUUGCACAAAUAAAAGUUAAAUGAGAAAA